AUGGAGGAAGGGAGGAAAUUUCCUGGAGAAGAAGAUUGCAUUGAUGUUGAUUCAAAGGAUGAUGAUGAAUCCACCAGUCAGAAGAAGGCUAAGAAGCGCAGCGCCCCUAGUACCGGCAAGAUCGCCAAGAGUGAGGCCCCCGUCAAGAAGGUUGCCGCAUGCGCCGAUUGCUGGGAAGCUGCAGCUACCGAGAAAGCCGGGAAGGGCGAUGGGUCGUACUGCAAGAUCAACCGGACCAAGGGCCACAACCUUCAGGAGUGCUAUCAGGUCGAACAGAAAGGAAAAAAAUCCCUCACACCAAAUCUGGAUCGGGUCAACCGAACCCCGACUCCGAGCGCCAUCAUCUACCACCUUCCCCGGCCGCCGCACCUCCGGCCACCAUCCCCCGACCGCCGCGCCUCCGCCCGUCUUCCCCGGCCGCCGCGCCCCCGACCAUCUUCCCCCGGCCGCUGCGCCUCCGGCUACCCUCCUCGGCCACCGCGCCUCUGGCCUCCUCCCUCCGCCGUGCCGCGCCUCCGUCCACCUCCCUCCGUCGCCGCCGCGCCUCCGGCCACCUUCCCCCAGUCGUCGCGCCUCCGGCCUCCUUCCCUCCACCAGCAUCGCUCCUCCGUCCACCUCCCUCCACCGCCACCCCUCGGGCCACCUCCCUCCGCCACCAUUCAGCCUCCGGCCACCUCCCUCCGCCGCCAUUCAGCCUUCGGCCACCUCCCUCCGCCACCACCCGCCUCGAGCCACUUCCCUCCUGGCUGCACGCCCCGCGAAGAAGACCCGCCGUUCGCCACCUACUGCUGGCCCAGCUCCUGGAGCCACUACAUCAGCGCACGCAUGUUCAGUUUCGGUGAAAAAAGGAGCUCCCCUUUGAGUUCAAAUGGGUUCAAAAAAUGGGUCCAGUCCCAUAUAUCUUUUAACCAGGUUCAUGGUGAAGCCCAGGGUGCUCGUCGGCUAUCACAAGAAGCAGACCAUCGAGAAGGAGCUGGGCGACAUGGAGCUCGUUGACGAUGAAGGAUGUGAAGCUUCACCACCAUUCACAACUCCAGUAUGGUCCAGUUCGUCAUGAGGAUCUGGAGCUUCAACUUUUUUAGUUCAUCUUUCAUAUGCUUUUUAGUACAUCUACUUCCUCAUCAUGGAAGAAGGAAAUCAGUCCAACAGGCGCAUCUAAAGUGACAUGUCGUGCACCGCCCACUCGUCCUCAAGCUGCUCGUUGUGUCAUGCCGGCUUGCCAUCAACCAUAGUUGUGGCUCAACCCCCACGGUGCUUCCCCUCUAUUGUUGCCCUUACCAUGCUCUCCUGCGUAUUGGCGGCCUCGACGAGCUGACUAUGGUUGCUGCUCCUGCAUGCUGCAGUACGCCGCUGAGCUGGUCACCAUUUAUAUUUUUGUUUUAAAUUCAUUUGUGUUCUUGUUGUCAGGUCGCCUGCAAACUUGUUAUCGUUGUUAGUUCAUGUGUGUUCUUGUUGUUAGGUCCUGUGCAACUUUGUUAUCAGUUCAUGUGUAUUGUGCUUCUUUUGUCGCUUCAUUAGUACAUAUCCACCUACAGCCCGUUCAA